UCUGACCACAGAAUCGGAAAAGAACGACAGCAAAGACAAGACCACAAUGGGACAGCGCCGGGUGAUUUUAUCAAAUUUAUCAAAAAUCCCUUACAAGACGUCCAACAGGAGUAGAAAAACGCAAUCGAUACGCAUUUAAGGACUUGAAGUGGAUCAGAUACACACAGAACGAGCCGAACGACGAAAAGUCAAUAGUUUUUUCUAAGGGAGGAAGUUUAUUGUGGCGAAGGAAAUAUAAUAGACCGGGUAGGCAGGGUGGGUCUGCGGAAAGCAGCCAGAGCGGGGUACAGUCAGAAUACAAACUCACCCACCCAGCCAGACAUGGAGGAGUUCGGGUCAGCGUUGGAAAAGAAUGUGACCGAUUUAACGGUUAUGGACGUGUAUGACAUAGCCGCGGUAGUGGGCCAAGAGUUUGAGAGGAUCAUUGAUCAGUACGGCUGUGAGGCUCUGUCCAGGCUCAUGCCCAAAGUAGUGCGGGUGCUGGAAAUCGUGGAGGUGAUGGUCAGUAGGAACAGCAUCAGCCCGGAGACAGAUGAGCUGAGGCUGGAGCUGGAUAAACUACGGCUGGAGAGGAUGGACCGGCUGGAGAAAGAGAAGAAACACAAGAAGGAGUUGGAGCUGGUAGAAGAUGUAUGGCGAGGGGAGGCCCAGGACCUGUUGUCUCAGAUCGCUCAACUUCAGGAAGAGAACAAGACUCUUCUCACUAACAUGUCCAUCAAAGAUCCCAUGAGUGAAGAGGACCUACAGAGGCAUGAAGGUAUGUCGGAGCGGGAGCGUCAGGUGAUGAAGAAGCUGAAGGAGGUAGUGGACAAGCAGAGAGACGAGAUCCGAGCCAAAGACCGCGAGCUCACGCUCAAGAAUGAGGACGUUGAGGCACUCCAGCAGCAGCAGUCUCGUCUGAUGAAGAUCAACCAUGACCUGCGCCAUAAGAUCUCUGUGGUGGAAGCUCAAGGGAAAGCCCUCAUUGAGCAGAAGGUAGAACUGGAGGCGGGAGCUCAGGCACGGGUACAGGAAAUGGGAUCACUCCGGCAGGAAGUUACGCGUUUAAGGGAGCGACUGCAAGGAGACAUGCCCCCUCAGGGUCCAGAGGUGCCUCCUCCCCAGCUCCCAUCCCCUGCACAGCCUGGUAUUCCCUCCUCAGAGGCGGGGAUUCAGGGUGUGGGCUGGCCCGAACCAGACAGACACUACCCCCCAGAGCUGCGGUUGGGGCAUUACGAUCCUGCCCCGCGUCUCCCGUCCCUGGAUGCUGAUGAGGAUGUAGAGGAAGAGGCAGUGUUGCUAUGGGAGGCGAUGUGUGAUCAGGACACACCUGCUCUGUUUCAACAUUUUACCAAGGAGGCACUAUGUGAUGAGGAGGUGGACGGCCUGGACCAGAAGGAUCCCAACAGGCCCCGGUUCACACUACAGGAGCUGAGAGACGUUCUGCAUGAGAGGAACGAGCUCAAGUCCAAAGUGUUCGUGCUGCAGGAGGAGGUCGCCUACUACAAAAGUGAAGAGGUGGAGGAUGAGACCGGGCCUCCCACUCCUUCCCCAUCCCCCGAACAGCUGAGGGCACGGCCUCGACACAACGCACAGCCUGAGUCAGGAAUCAAACGCCUGAUCUUCACAGCCAUAAUGCCGAUGGUGGCGGCUGGGUUGAUUCCAGAUGACCCCACUUUACAGCCAAUCAGACGUCUCAUAUCCCUUGUUUAGCUUCUUCUCUCGUGACAAGAGGCGGAACUCCCAGCGGAAUGCACAGUUUGAUGACAGCUUCAGCUCGUGGGCGGGGAAUGAUGAGGUGUACACGGAACAGGCCCAGGAAGCUUUGCAGCACAUGUAGUGAUUGGACAGCGUUUGAUGAUGUCACUCAGAACUCUUUCCCAGUAAUGUUGCAAUGCACUUAAAGGCAUCGUAAAGGUUAGCUUAUUGCACAGUACGAAACACCUACAGCUCAGCACAGCCAUCCACCUACUGAAAUACAUACUGACACUGAAAUACCAUCAGCUCUAAGUAACAGAGUCAUUCAGCCAGCAUCUAGAGUAGUGAAACCUAACCACCCUGGCUUUGGCAGUAAAAUCCUUGCCUUGCCUUGGGACUGUGCUUAGUGUGCCUGCUGCAGCACAAUGGGAUUGUGUGACAUUUUUGCUUCUAAGUGACAGGAAUCACAGAGGGUUGAGGGUGAAGAGGAGCCUUUCUUUAUCUCAAAGUGAAACCCACCAGAAUUGAUGGAUGCUCAGAGCGGUUCCCUUUGUGUUAGAACAGGCAGGGCGUGUGAGAGAUACACAGAGUCAGGCUUGGAAGGAUUGUGGAACGAGGUGACAGGAGAGCGAGAUAGAGGAACCACACGAGACACUCCAGAUAGAGAAUCAUGGGACAGACAAAGAAAGAGGAGGGUUCAAUCCAGUAAAGAAACCUUGAAGACAAGUGGGCAUGUUUUUUUAAAUGAUUCAAAUAAUGGUGGCAGUGCUGACCCAGAUGUAGUAGGUUCUGAACCAUCUUUAUACUCCCUUGGCCCUGAGCUAGACCUGUCAUGUCCUUUAGAGGCAGCUAGAGAGCACUAUGGCUAGGCCCACCUCACCAGCUAAAAAGUGUGUGAAGAGAUGUGGUGUUUUUUUUUACAGAUCGACCUUGCACAUAAAUGAAUACAUUACUGGGUGUUGAGAUGAGAUUGCCCAAUUUAAAGAAAAUGUUAUGAGUUUAUAUUUUUCCAGUGGUGAAUGAAGCACAGAAGGUUGUAGUUUUACAAUGUCUUAUGGAAAGACAGUAUUUUUGUUUUGAAAUUAUUUAACUAGAUGCUGCUUGCUGCUGCUUUUUUGUUUUCAUGACUAGCCAAGUGGUGUACAUGAAGCAAGAGACAAAAAUAUGCAAGUUUGGCUAACUGUAUUUGAUAUAUACAUGUACAUUUUGAAUGGGCGCCAUGUUGGAACCAAAUGUGACAACACAAACUAAAAACACCAUUGAGAAUGCAAAUUUGAAUGUCGUUGUGGAAUAUUUGGUUUAAACAUGGAUGACAGUUUGCCAAACUCUGUGCUGUGGCUGCAAGAUGGUUUGUGAGAAGUAAAAUGGUUAGUGUGGAUGAGGGAGGUUCUUGAUAAUGAGUAGUCCUGACUUCAGCAGUCAGGCAGACAUAACACCUCAGCCUCACUAUGCUAAGAGAUCAUUAAUACUAUUACUAUGACUGGACAACUUUUCAAUCAUUUAUUUUAUGAUGCAACUUAAUCAAGGCGCAAAACUAGGGCAACACUUAUUUGUGACAAAAGGGAUUGAUAGUCGAGAAAGGUUAUAUCUUGUCUGGUGGCAACAUCACACCAAAAUGUACACAAAGGGGAAAUAAAUACAGAAUCUAUCCAAACAAGGGAAGAUGAGGGAAGAUGUCAAUAUAUGCAAGACAUCCUUCUUUUGCAACAAACUUUAUGGACCCGCUUCACACCAAGUAGAUUUCUAUUGGAAGGAUUUUAAAUAUGAUAAAUGUCUCAGUUUUCAUACAGCUUGUCUUUUUUUCAGAUAUGCAAACUCAAUAAAUACGGUGAUCCCCAGAAUGUU